AUGAAACUUGAGUUUAAUGAUAAGAAAUCAAAUAACGAACUUUUAGGAGAACACAGUUCUCAUUCUUUGCCCGAGAGUACGGCGAUGUGUCAAGCAAUUCCCGUAGAUUGUAGAUAUCUUCAAACAGAAGUUGGCUCUAUUUCCGGUGUGUACGAUAUUUACCCGUAUCGCACCAUUACCAUGCCUGUCACCGUGUAUUGUGAUAUGAAGACAAUGGGCGGGGGAUGGACGGCAAUUCAAAAGCGAGUAAUCGGAUCUCUAAGUUUCAACAGGACCUGGACAGAAUACAAAAGUGGUUUUGGUGCCCCAGAACAGGAUUACUGGAUUGGAAAUGACGUAAUCCAUCAGUUAACAAAAGGAAAAAAGUCUUCCCUUUAUAUUUCCAUCACUCUCCAGAAUGGUACAACGCUGUAUGAAAUGUAUGACGUAAUCCAUCUGUUAACAAAAGGAAAAAUGUCUUCCCUUUAUAUUUCCAUCACUCUCCAGAAUGGUACAACGCUGUAUGAAAUGUACGAGCAAUUCUCUAUCUCCAACGAAACAGGAAAAUAUCAACUCUUCCUUGCAGGACCUGCCACGGGAACUUUAGGAGACACUUUGAUAGACACAGGAAAUUCUCGCUACAAUCUGCCUGGGAGUCUAUUCAGUACCCAGGACAGGGAUAAUGACAGAUACAGUGAACUGUGCUGGCUACUGGGGAGGGGGAUGGUGGUUAAACGAGUGUUACCGGGCCUUUCUUAA